CUGGAUAACUGAACACAAGGUUCUUACUGGUUUAGUUGACACUUUGGAUUUUUGCUCCAUUAUCGCCCCCAGCUCCCCCACUCCCACCACUAGCCCAUCCAAACGUUCCCACGCCUGAUGCUGUCCCCUGAAUGGAUAAAGGUGUUUCAGUCAUCCAGACUUGUGCGAGUGGUGGACACCUUCAACGAUGUCUCGUAACUCCUUUGGCUUCACCUUGGUGAAGAGUGAUGCCAGAAACAACACGACUGGGGUGGCCCUCAACAAUGCUGCUGAUAUAUCUGUCAUUGUGAUUUAUUUUUUGGUGGUCUUGGCUGUUGGAGUAUGGGCUAUGGUUCGCACCAACCGCGCCACUGUAGGUGGCUUCUUCCUGGCAGGCAGAAGUAUGGUUUGGUGGCCGAUUGGCGCAUCUCUUUUUGCCAGUAACAUUGGAAGUGGGCACUUUGUGGGAAUUGCUGGGACCGGUGCAGCCUCGGGAAUAGCCAUUGGUGGAUUUGAAUGGAAUGCUCUCAUUGUGGUGGUCAUCCUGGGUUGGCUCUUUGUGCCGAUCUACAUUAAAGCUGGGGUAGUCACCAUGCCCGAGUACCUGAAGAAGAGGUUUGGGGGUCAGCGCAUUCGCAUCUACCUCUCCGUGCUCUCCCUCUUUCUGUACAUUUUCACCAAGAUCUCAGCAGACAUGUUCUCUGGCGCCAUUUUCAUCAACCAGGCCUUGGGUCUGAACAUCUACCUGGCCGUCGUUGCAUUGCUUCUGAUUACGGCGUUGUACACCGUCACAGGUGGCUUGGCUGCAGUGAUCUACACAGACACCUUACAGACCAUCAUCAUGCUUGUUGGAUCAUUCAUUCUCAUGGGCUUUGCCUUCGAUAAAGUGGGUGGCUAUGAUAGCUUCCAGCGACGCUACAUGGAGGCCAUUCCCUCCAUCACGGGGAACAUCAGUGAGAGAUGCUUCAAGCCUCGGAAGGACUCCUUCCACAUUUUUAGGGACCCCAUCACAGGAGACCUGCCGUGGCCCGGACUGGUGUUUGGACUCACUAUUCAAGCCACGUGGUACUGGUGCACUGAUCAGGUGAUAGUGCAGCGUUGCCUGUCAGCCAAGAGUUUAUCACACGUUAAAGGUGGUUGCAUCUUAUGUGGCUACUUGAAGCUGAUGCCCAUGUUCCUUAUGGUUUUCCCUGGAAUGAUCAGCAGGAUCCUCUACCCUAAAGAGGUGGCCUGCGUGGACCCGGCUGAAUGUGAAAAAUACUGUAAGGCCAGGGUGGGCUGCACCAACAUCGCUUAUCCCAAACUGGUGGUGGAUCUGAUGCCCGACGGUUUGCGUGGUCUCAUGCUGUCGGUCAUGCUGGCCUCUCUCAUGAGCUCCCUGACCUCCAUCUUCAACAGCGCCAGCACUCUCUUCACCAUGGACAUCUACACCAAGAUUCGUCGCUCUGCCACUGAAAAGGAGCUCAUGAUCGCUGGCAGGGUCUUUAUUUUGAUACUGAUUGGCGUGAGCAUCGCAUGGAUCCCGGUGGUGCAGUCGGCUCAGAGUGGUCAGCUCUUUGAUUACAUCCAGUCCAUCACCAGCUACCUCACGCCGCCCGUCGCUGCCGUUUUCGUAUUGGCCAUCUUCUGCAAGCGAGUCAACGAGUCUGGUGCCUUUUACGGCCUCGCCAUCGGCCUCCUAAUCGGCCUUUUCAGGAUGAUAGCAGAGUUUGUUUAUGGCACAGGCAGCUGUGUGGAGCCCAGUAACUGUCCCACCAUCAUAUGUGGUGUUCACUACCUGUACUUCGCCAUCAUCCUCUUUGUGAUCUCCUGCAUCAUCAUCGUCGGCAUCUCCCUCGUGACCAAACCCAUCGCUGACAAAAACUUGUAUCGACUGUGUUGGAGCCUGAGGAACAGUACUGAAGAGAGAGUCGACCUGGAACAAGACGACUGGGUGGAAAAUGUCAACAGUAUGGAAAUCGAGGAACCAGAUGAGGAACCAGGCUUGUGCAAGAAGGCGCUGGCAUGUUUCUGCGGCCUGGAGCAAAAUAAAGCUCCAAAGCUGAGUGAAGAGGAGCAGGCCGAGCUGCAGAAGAAGCUCACGGACACGUCCGAAGUGCCGCUAUGGAGGAACGUCGUCAAUGCCAACGCUAUCCUCCUCCUCUGCAUAGCCGUCUUUUUUCAUGGGUUUUAUGGAUAAACACACUAUUGAUGUAUACAUAUACAAUGAAUAUUCAAGAGGAUUUUCUUUUAUGAUUAAUGUCACUUGCAAAACUCCUUGUGUAAACUUACAUGUUUGUUGUUUUGUCUAACACGUGCCACUUUCAAAUUCAGAGUCAUUGCUGUCAAUCAUCAAUUUGUACAGUUGCACUGGCUUGGAUUAAGUAAUAUAUUAUAAUAAAACAGUACUUCUAACACUUAUCCAGUGUUAUUUAAAAAAAAAAGUUUUUACAUUUUGUAAAAAAUAUUUUCAAAAUGUAAAUAAUAUAAAAUAAAAAAUAAAUGCCCAAAUAAUAAAAUAUUAAAUCACAUUUGAUUACAACACUGCUUCAAAUGUGGCUCCGGUGUUAGUUUGUAACAUUGUUUUGUUUUUUAGAUGAAAAUAAAAUGACAUUGAAUUAAAAAUUUCAUUUAAAUUCAGUAUUAAAGUCUUUAGUCUUUAA